AAAUAAAUAUGACAGCUGACAGUUCAUAAGUAAGCGUUUGCGGCUUUUUGCCAGGGUGUAUAAUAAUAAUAUUUUGGUGUAAACAAUUUCGCCAAAGCAAUUCAUGCUAAAAACAUUUUAAAAUUAAAAUGAACGCUACCAGUUUGUAUGUUUCAACUUGUCGAUUAAUAAUAUUAGCUGAUGCGGCUGAUAAAAGUUCGUGGACAGAUUUGUUUCGCUUAGUUCCAUAUUUACGGCAAUCAUUAUCUUGUACCGUGUGUGGAAACUUAUUGAAGGAGCCCUAUACACCAACGAGCUCUGGGUGCCAACACCAUGUGUGCAAAAAUUGCAUAGGUGGUAGGAAAAAACUGAAACCGUCUUGCAGUUGGUGUAAGGACUACGAGAACUAUACCGAAAACAUACAGUUACGCAUUCUCCUCCAGUGUUACAAAAAACUUUGUGAAUAUUUUAUGGGCACCGAUGUAUACAAGAGUUUAUUAGAAGAAGACGAAGUCGCCGCUAGUGUGAACGGCGGCACAGUGGCGAGUUCGGGGCUGAUAGAUUUGAUACAAGAAGGAGCUGGAUUUAUCGACGAUUACAAGAGCCCGCCAGGUCUAUCCAAGUCUGCAUAUAGCAUAUUACCUUGUGUAUACACCAAUUCAACUUCAACACAAACCCAAGUGGCAUCAACAUCAAGUAAUUCUGAUUCGAGAUCUAGUAAAGAUUCUCCAAAUUCUAGAGCUAUUUCAAACGGGUCCCCACUUUACUCUGUUAUGUACGCAGGUUCGGGAAAUAAAAUCACUAUUAAAAGGAAAGCUGUCGACGAAACUGAUUCUCCUCCUGCCGAAACAAGUACAAGAGAAAGCAAAGUGAAGAAAAAAUCCAGUCAAUUAGGUUUUAAGAAACCUUCAAACCGUUCCCGUAGCUCCACUAGUAGUAAAAGAAAAGGUUGUAGAUGCGGUAAUGCUACAGCCACACCGGGGAAACUGACGUGUUGCGGCCAGAGAUGUCCGUGCUAUGUUGAGAGCAAGCCAUGUACUGAAUGCAAGUGUAAGGGCUGCAGAAAUCCUCACAGGCCAGAUGGAAUGAAGGUUCGACCACACAUUCCUCAACUGGAUACUCUGCAGUUAAAUUUGAACACAAACUCUGACACCUCCCCGUCAUGCUCUGGCUCAAUGGACAGCCUGGACACUGACACACUCACCAUGGAAGCUAUGGAGGAAAGUCUAUCAUUUGGCACAGAAUUGAAAUCAUCUAACAUUAAAGUCUACACAACUCAAUUACACGAAGUGUCACCAUCACUGCCCGCCACUAUAAUGAUGGACGAGGAUAUGCCCGGCUCACCUGAUGCAGAUGCGGACGCCGACGCGGACGCCGACGCCGACGCUGAAGCCGACGCCUACGCCGACGCUGACGCUGACACGGAAGUUGACGCUGACGCGGAUGCUGACCUCGACCUAGAUGCUGACGGAGAUCUUGACGCCGACGCUGACGAUGACGCCGACAUUGAUGCUGACGCUGACGCGGAUGACCUGAGCUCGCCCCGCGACUACACGCAGUGUUCCCCCCGGGAAUGCAACGACAUUGACACGGCGUCACCACACUCCGGUUCGCACGAUGUCAACAGUGACGUUGAAGUGGACGUAUGACAACACCUCUCCAUUGCAGGUGACUAGGACCACCUCCUAGUAAUAGUUUGUAACUUUGGGAAAUUCUGCCUUACUUAUCCUUCAUUUAGGUUUUGUAUGAGCCAUCUUCCUCUGCAGGUAUUAAAAAGAACCGCUAGGUGCAGCAUCAGAAGGGGGAGGGGGGAAUUGCUACGGGGUACAUCAUAUUCCGUAAAAUCUAUUAUAAUUAUUAUAUAUGUUUUGUUACGUUUGAAGUCGACCGCUAACCGCUAGACUAUGGUAACCGACAAGAACAAAAUUUUACAGGAUUUUAUUUGUGGUUUAUGUUGAAUUAGGAAUUUGAUAAUUUUAUUAUUUGACCGUGGUGAUAAUUUUAUUACAACAAUUUUGCUCUUAAUUCAUUGUAUAUUGUACAUAGUAAUUGUAGAUUUUAGUAUAGAUGUAAAAUGUAAAUAUAUUUAUAACAAUAGUAAGUUAAUUUUAUAUUAUUUUAUUAUAAAUAAUUAUGUAUUCAGAGUAUGUUUAUUAACAAUAAAAAAUAAUUUAUACUAAUAUUUGAAAGAGAAAAGAUUUGAUUGUUUGUAUUGAAUAGAAUGGACGGAAGAAUUUGAAAAAUUCUUUCACCAAUAGAAUCCUAUGUUAUCUCUGAUAAACGUAGGCUACAUCGUAUCCCCGUAUUCCCACGGGAACGUGAACCGUGUGGCGUCUGCUAGUAACAAUUACAAAGAGGUAAAAUUAGAUUUUUUCUUCAUUUGUUACGAUUUAACUCAUACAGUUAUUAAACAUAAAUACAAAUUAAAUCUUGUUAUUAGCUCUUCCUUUACUUGCGUUUUCACUACUUGUGGAAUAAAAUAUUGCGGCCGAAUUAUUUUAUUGGCGGCUAAAGAUAUCGUUAUUAAUACAUAAUUUUUGAAUAAUAGAACUUAUAGGUAAGUUAAAUUAAUAAAUAAAUCUGACUGCAUAUUGUAACUUGCAUAUUUUGCCGAAAUUACAAAUGGAGUAAUAGACGAACAGACCGACGGACAUGACGAGACUUUAAGGACUACAGAACCCUAAAAAGGAUCAAUAGGACUGGUAGUAAUAUAAUGCUAAAUAUUAGCAUUGAAAAAGAAGGAGGGAUAGAUUAUAUUAUUAUUAGGGAUAGGUACAUCGUCUUCCGUUAAUUCCAUUUUAUUUCUUCACAAUAUUUGUUUAUUUUAUAGACGUUUGCCGUUGUUGUCAAUAGAUAAUUCAAAAUAUGUCAGCUGUCUACGGAUCUUUCUCAAAUCUUUCCCGUAUUAACUAUUGUCGAUUGCGCAAAAAAAUAUAAAAUCCUUUUACACUUACGAUGUUACAGUACCAACAAUACACUCGGGUAUAUUAUAGGUUCGCUAUCGUUAGUAAAGCUAAAAUUAACAUUUUACCCUUUGAAAAUGUUACUUGUAUUAAAAUUAACACAUCGAUAUAGGUGUCGCUUACUAUAAUUUGACGGUCAUACGAUUUGUACCUCCCCCCCGUGCUUUUCGUAGCGAUUUUUUUUUAAACCUUUAUAUGAAAAUGGCUCAUUGUAGAGUUACGAGUCACAUAUGCAAUUGGUUACAUGAACUGGCGCCCUUGUGUGUACAUAUAUGAUAUCAUCAGUAAAUUAUUUGUAUGUGUAUGUGAAUAUAUAUGUCUUAUUUAUUAUAUGUCUCAAUUUCCAUGUUUUAGUAGAUGUAGAUUUUGUUUAAAUAUAUGUUUUAUAUAGGUUAUAGAAUUUUCUUAUCCAUUAUUGUAAAAUGUAAAUAGAGUUUAGUGUCAAACUAGUUUGUAAUUAAUGAAAUAUGAAAUCAAUUUAAACACUAAUAAAAUACACACCUUAUUAACUUAAAGAUAACGUUAUAAACAUAAGAACAAUAGAAGGCACAUUAUCUGUCAACGACUUAAUUCGUGGCGAGAGAAGGACAUCGACCAAUAGCGGCGGAAUCAAAAAUAUCACCCUCUCUCUUUCGUCAGUACAGUCAGUGCCGGAUUAAGGACUACCAGGGCCCCUGGGCAAGAUAUUUACGGCGUCUCUCUUCCAUUGAAACCCAUACGAACAAAAAUGGAUUUAUUUAUUACUAGCAGACGCCCAUGACUUCAUCAGUGUAAAAUUCAAUUUUCCCAAAUUCCACGGGCGCUAUGAACUAAAAAAACCAUAUUUCUCUUUGAUAAAAAAUCGCUUAUAUGUUGCUAGCAUCCAGUGGCCCCCUGCAACUCGCUCGAUGUUCUCAGUCCAUUUAGUGGGGCGUCGCCAUUCCAGCACCUAGCGACCCCAACGUCCAUCGACUCUUCGAACUACUCGUAUGUGCCCUGCCUAAUGCCCACUGCCACUUGAACUUUUGGUUUGGUUCUUCUGCGAAUAUCCUUAUUUUUGAUUCGAUCACGCAGAGAUGCUCCGAGCAUAGAUCGUUCCAUCGCCCUGUUAUAUCUUCCUGGCGCCCCUGGUUCUUGGUGCCCCUGGGCGUUCGCCCAACCGCUCCCUACCCAAAAGCCGCUCCUGGGUAUAGUCUAAAACAAUAUAAUUGUAUGGAUUUUAUUAACUUUAGUGAAAAAUAAUAUGUCAGACUUUUAAAUUGUAUAUAAAUUAGGUGUUUAUUAAUAGUAAAGUAAUUUUGUAAAAGUAACAGGAUAUCUGCGAUCAUUACUUUCGGAGCUACAGAGAUUUAAAGGGUCAUAUUUGCGGCACUAUCACGGAUCUAUUAAAAACGCCCCAUACAAAAAAUACAAAAUGACACGAAUCAAGGACGUCGUAGAUCAUAAUGAUUAUUAGAUUUGUAUGGGCGUUCAAACAAAAUUACAAAUAUAUUAAUAUAGUUUUUAAUAUAGUUCAUAUAUUAAAAAUCUCCCUUUUAAUGUAAGGAAGCUAAAAUUAUAUGAAUUUUCAUCUCAUUACGUUAGAAGGUAUUUAAUAGAUUUUGAAAUUUUAUAAUCCUAUCAGAUAGUCUUUUCUCUUUACGUAUAAAUUUAACUAAUUUGUACGUAAAAAGCAUUGACAUUGACUUUAUUUUCCCGAACGUCUCUUAAAAAUUGAUAUAUUCAAACCUAGUCCAGUGCCGUAGCGUGGCUUGGAGUGGGCCCUGUAUUAAAAUUACUAUAUGAAUAGUAGAUAAAUAUAAGUCUACAUAAGAGAAUCUGUAAUAUUGCAUCACCGGUUAAAAAGGAUAUCAUUUACUAGACUUUCUUCGGUAUAUUAAUUGUAAAUAAGUUUGGCAUUAACAAAUUAAAGCACUUGAGUACAAAUUGAAAAUUGUAUAGAACGAUAAUAUCAUUUUUUUUUUUGAAAAAUAAUUCUAUUAUUAUGAAUGAUUAAUGCCAUUAUUAUCUUAUUAGGUGAAUAAAGUGAAAUCAAAAUAUAUUUGUUAUAUUCAGAUUUUAAUUUCUUUUACCAGUUAUACAUGUUAAAAAUUGUAAUAAAUGUUCUUAAAGAGAUA